AUGUCGGGCCUACAAGCCAUUCGAUACUCGCGGGGUAAACUCGAAGUGCUCGACCAGCUUAAGUUACCCCACGAGCACCACUACGACCAGGUCUCGACGAGCGAGGAAGCAUUCGACAGUAUAAAAUCUAUGAGAGUUAGAGGCGCACCGGCUAUUGCUAUUGUAGCCGCCUUAGCACACGGAGUCGAACUAAACAAUGGAAGUUGCAAGGCCUCGACUACACACGAAACAAUAUCCUAUAUCGACUCUCGUCUAGAUUACCUUAAACAAUCGCGCCCGACAGCCGUAGAUCUCAGCAAUGCAAUUACUCACCUUAAGAACACGAUCCGAUCCGUGAAUGUAGCCGGCAAGGAGGACGAUGCGACGGGACAUGAAGCGAUUAUUGAUGCAUAUAUAACGGCCGCAGAAGAAAUCUUUCGAAAGGAUACCGAGACCAACCUCUCCAUCGGCAAGCACGGCAGCAAAUGGUUACUCGAGAAUGCACCGACCAAGUCUUCCGAUGGCAAAGUGUCAGUCCUAACACAUUGUAAUACGGGAUCGCUCGCUACAUCAGGCCACGGAACAGCGCUCGGCAUCAUCCGCUCAUUAUACUCAGGCGGCCAUCUACACCACGCCUUCUGCACCGAGACUCGGCCAUACAACCAAGGAAGUAGGUUAACCGCCUUCGAGCUAGUGUACGAGGGCAUCCCUUCCACGUUGAUUACGGACUCAAUGGCGGGCGCCUUGUUCGCUACCAAGAAGGCUGAGAAUAAUAUUGCUGCUGUUAUUGUGGGUGCAGACCGAGUCGUACGCAAUGGAGAUACGGCCAACAAGGUAGGGACUUACACGCUCGCUGUGCUCGCCAAAUAUCACGGUCUGAAAUUUAUCGUGGCGGCGCCGACGACGAGUAUCGAUUUGCAAACCGAGACAGGCGCAGGGAUUAAGAUUGAAGAGCGAAAGCCGGAAGAGUUGACUCAAAUCAGCGGAGCUGUAGUAGGAAAAGAUGGAAAGGUAGACGUCAGUCGUACGGAGCGUGUAGCGACAGCGCAUCAAGGGAUUGGUGUGUGGAAUCCGGCAUUUGAUGUCACCCCGGCAGAGUUAAUCGAUGCCGUGGUCACGGAGCGCGGUGUUGUCGUGAAGGGAGCAGAUGGAACCUUCGACUUCAAAGGCAUCAUCCCCGAAAGAUGA